AUGGACCAACUUAAUGAUAUCCCACUACGACCCAUCCGUACCAACGCAUCUACUGCCUCGAGGUCCUCCAACGGUGGUGGUGUUCGAAAGGCUGACCAAACUCUCUCCAACACCCUGGGCGGCACCGUCGACUCAUCCUCGUCCCCCACCGAGAAGCAUGGCCUCUUUCACAAACCCAGUAAGGCCAGCCACCGCCAGGCCGGGCCUUCUGGACGGCGCCGUGUGCGAGAUCUGAGCCGGCCGGGCACCAACAUGAGUGAGGAUCACAAGCUGAACGCGCUGGGUCGCUUCUAUCGCAAGGUUGUCAGCUUUCCCUUCGUCACCCGCUACCUCAUCUACAUCAUCCCCAUCGCCUUCCUGUUCGCCAUUCCCCUCUUUGUGCUGCCCUUUACGGGCAACGUGGAUAACAUCCAGCUUGGCACCAGCGACAGCGACAAGGAAAACUACACUCUCUUCUGGCUCUUUCUCUGGAUCGAAAUCUCAUGGCUGUCGCUCUGGACCGCCAAGCUCGUCGCCCACAUUCUCCCUCACGUCUUCAUGUUUCUCUGCGGUGUCGUCAGCGCUGGAACCCGCAAGUACGCCAACGUGCUGGCCGCUCUCGAGAUCAAUCUGUCCUUGUUUCUCUGGCUACUGGCCUCCUGGCUCGUGUUCAAGUUCCGCUUUACAGACGACAGCAUCGAAUGGGUCCACACCAUCAAGCGCAUCCUGCUAUCCCUCUUCAUCUCGUUUGGCGUUUUGCUGGGAGAAAAGGCUAUUGUCCAGCUCAUCAGCAUCUCGUACCACCAACGCUCCUUUCAUAACCGCAUCCAGGACUCCAAGCGCGACAUCUACCUCUUGGGUCUCCUUUACGAUGCUUCGAGGACUCUCUUCCCCAUGUACUGCCCCGAGUUUGCCGACGAGGACUAUGUCAUCAGCGAUAGUAUCAACGCCCUCCUCAUGCGCGACCGGGCCGAGAAGAUGCGCCCCGGAGGCACCAGCACCCCCAUGCGUAUUGUCGGCGACGUCCACCGCAUCGGCGACAAGAUCACCUCGGUGUUCGGCAACAUUGCCUCCGAGAUCACCGGCAAGAACGUCUUCAACCCCACGUCUGCGCACUCCAUCGUCAUUGAAGCGCUCGAAAAAGUCCGCAGCUCCGAGGCCAUGGCUCGUCGUAUCUGGAUGUCCUUUGCGGCCGAAGGCGAGGAGGCCCUUUUGCUGGAUGACAUCAUCGAAGUGCUGGGCCCACACCACCGCGAAGAGGCCGAGGAGUGCUUUAACGCCAUCGAUGCCGACCAAAACGGCGACAUUAGUCUCGACGAGAUGAUUCGCAAGGUUGUCGAUAUCGGUAAGGAGAGAAAGGCAAUCGCCCACAGCAUGAAGGACAUCAGUCAGGCCUUGACGGUGUUUGAUAAGGUCUUGCUGUUUGUGGUGCUGAUCAUUGUGAUCAUUAUCUUCUUGGUGGUCUUCCAGAGCAGCUUUGUGACAACUCUGGCCACGGCUGGCACCACGCUUUUGUCGCUGUCCUUCGUUUUCGCGGUUACCACGCAGGAGUUCCUAGGUUCUUGCAUCUUCCUGUUUGUCAAGCAUCCGUACGAUGUUGGCGAUCGUGUUGAUAUCAAGGGUCCCGACGCUGAGCAGCUCAUUGUUGAGAAGAUCUCUCUCCUCUACACGGUCUUUACCCGUAUUGACAAGAUGCAAGUUGUUCAGGUCCCCAAUAUCCAACUCAACAACCUCUGGAUCGAAAACGUCACGCGAUCCAAGGCCAUGAAAGAAACCGUCGACGUUGCCGUAUCAUAUGAUACCUCAUUCGAAGAUAUUGAGCUUCUCCGCCUCGAACUCGAAAAGUUUGUCCGCUCGCCCGAUAAUAGCCGCGACUUCCAGCCCGACAUCAACAUUAUGAUCAACGACGUCGGCAACUUGGAUAAGAUGACGCUUAAGAUUCAAAUCAAGCACAAGUCCAACUGGCACAACGAGGCCGUGCGUUGCACCCGUCGCUCCAAAUUCAUGUGCGCUUUGGCCUUGGCCCUCAAGGCGGUCCCCAUCAACGGCCCCGGCGGUGGUGGUGAAGCGUUGGGUGGUCCUAACAACCCGACUUACUCUGUUGCUGUAACCGACGAUUUCGCUGCGACGGCUAGAGAAAAGGCGGACAAGGAUAAGGCGGCGGCCAAAAUGGUUAACAAACUGCGCCAAGAAGAGGAUGAUGACAUUUCGGGCAGCGGCAAAACAGGAAGCAGCAAGAUGGAAGCCGAGCAACAAGCAGUCGCCAACAUCAACGCCUCCGAUCCCGUCGCCGAGGCGCUAGACGAUUGGGGCUACGACAGGGCCACCCUGCGCUCGCGUGACGCUUCCCCCGUCGGCCGCGCCGGUGACGAUGCCGCCUCUUCCAUCUCCCGCCGGAAUUACUUGUCGGUCCGUGAAGGCGAAGCCGGUAUCAGCCCCGGUACCUACACCUACGGCCAGGGAUACGCUGGACAAGGACAGCCAGGGCCGAGUAUGUCGCAAUACGCCGGGGCAGCUUAUGCCGCGCAACAGAAUCAACCACCGAUGAGCCCUAGCUCGCCCAUCGCCAGUGGUGGAUUGUACGCGGGACAGUCGACUUUGUCUCCUCAAUCACAGCAGCCACAGGCUCCUCAGCCGGUUUACACCGCCCCUGGAGCAACUGCCACGACGAUCCCGCCACCGCAGACUUUGCCUGCUCCGUCGCCUAUGACGCUCAGUCCAACCCCCACAGCCGGUCCAAGCGGGACAGGAGGACCGGUGGGAGCAAGGCCGAGGGGAGCGAGUAUGUCUAACCCGACAGCGGUAGUAAACAGACCUACGACAACUACUGCUCCUCUUCAAGGACAGACACAGCAGACUCAGCAAGGACAACCACCGCAAGCCCAACUCCCAGGGAACUUACCCCAACAAGCCGCGGCCGCAGUGACGGGCUCCGACUUGACUCAAACCCAAACUUCUCACAACCAGGAACACAGAUAGAAUCAGAAGCAUCACCCUGGUAGCACCGUCCCUGCUGCCCCUGCCCCUUCGGUUUCUCAGGCUCCUCC